AAACAUGCUUUCAGUGCUACCUCAGAUCCAGCCACUACUAAUAAUCAAGCCUUCAACUAUAUCAUUGUUGGGGGUGGGCUUUCAGGUCUCAUUGUUGCUGGACGUCUUGCAGAAGAUGCUUCAAAGACUGUCCUAGUCAUUGAAGCAGGAAACGAUGACCGGAAUGGCCCGAGAAUAUAUGACCAGUAUCAGUAUGGCACAGUAAUUGAUACGCCCCUAGACUGGGCUUGGCCCACCGACCAGAACAGGUUGAGAAGA